ACUAUUGUGUGCUGUGAUUGGCCCACAGCUUUCACAUGGUACAAGGCUGUUGUGAAUAGCCUUGUACCAUGUGACCUCUGUGAUCUUUCACAGAUUUCACACGUAGUAAGCAAUGAUGUCAGAAGUCACAUCUUGCUUACUACUCUGCAUGUGAUCACUGAUUGGCCAAUCAGUGAUCACACGAUCGGGACCUCGCACAGAGGUCCCGUACGAUGUUCGGUGUUAUACUGUGUCCAGAGGACACAGCGGGCACCAGAUCACGGUACUGCGCGCUCCCAGGGAGCACAAACAAGCAGGGGGCGGGGAGUCAUUUAUAAACGGCCACCUGACCCUGCACUGCCACGGGAUGGGAGGUGGUUAAGGUGG